CGCCCCUUGGCGACCAUGGCGCACCGGGGACCCCAGCGCUCCCCGAAGGGCCCGGGCUCCGCCGCCCGAGCUCCGAGCCCCCGGGCGCCGCCGCCGCCGCCGCGCUCCCUGCGCUCGCCACGCUUGCGGCCGCUCCUGGUGCUGCUGCUGCUGCUGCUGGCCGCCUGCGGGGCGGCAGGGCGCUCCCCUGAGCCCGGGCGCCUGGGUCCCCGCGCCCUGCUGACUCGGGCGCCGCCGAGCCCGCCCGCGGGGCGCGCGCUGCACGGCGACGGCGAAGACCAGCAGGCGCGCGGCGCGGAGCCCGGCGCCCCGGGUCCCGGUCCGGCUCUGGGACCUGGCGAGGACGGCGCCCCCGCCGCGAGCCAGGGGCGCUGGGCGCGGGCGGCGCCGGUGGCCGGAUCGGCUUCGCGGGCGCAAGUCUCGCUCAUCAGCACGUCGUUCGUGCUCAAGGGGGACGCGACGCACAACCAGGCGAUGGUGCACUGGACGGGCGAGAACAGCAGCGUGAUCCUGAUUCUGACGAAGUACUACCACGCAGACAUGGGGAAGGUUCUGGAAAGUUCUCUGUGGCGGUCAUCAGACUUUGGCACGACCUACACCAAGCUCACCCUCCAGCCUGGCGUCACCACCGUCAUUGACAACUUCUACAUCUGCCCGACCAACAAGAGAAAGAUCAUCCUCGUGAGCUCCUCGCUCAGCGACCGGGACCAGAGCCUGUUCCUCAGCACGGACGAGGGCGCCACCUUCCAGAAGCAGCUGGCUCCCUUCUCCGUGGAGACGCUCCUCUUCCACCCGCGGCAGGAGGACAAGGUGCUGGCCUACACCAGGGAGGGCAAGCUCUACGUGUCUGCUGACCUGGGGAAGAAGUGGACGCUUCUGCAGGAGCGAGUGACCAAGGACCACGUGUUCUGGGCUGUGUCUGGGGUGGACGCCGACCCUGACUUGGUCCACGUGGAGGCCCAGGACUCGGGAGGAGGUUUUCGGUACGUCACCUGUCAGAUCCACAACUGCUCCGCAAAGAUGCUGACGGCACCGUUCUCAGGCCCCAUUGACCACGGUUCCCUGACUGUGCAGGACGAUUACAUCUUCUUUAAGGCAACUUCAACCAACCAGACCAAAUACUACAUCUCUUACCGUCGCAAUGAAUUUGUCCUGAUGAAGCUGCCCAAGUAUGCCUUGCCAAAGGAUCUGCAGGUCGUCAGCACGGACGAGAGCCAGGUGUUCGUGGCCGUGCAGGAGUGGUACCAGACCGACACCUACAACCUCUACCAGUCGGACCCGCGCGGCGAGCGCUACUCGCUGGUCCUGGAGGACGUGCGCAGCUCCCGGCAGGCGGAGGAGAGCACGGUCGUCGACAUCCUGGAGGUCCGAGGGGUGAAAGGAGUCUUCCUGGCGAACCAGAAAGUCGACGGGAAGGUGGUGACACUUAUCACCUACAACAAGGGCCGAGACUGGGAUCGCCUGAGGCCUCCCAGCGUGGACAUGAGCGGGAAACCCACCAACUGCAAGCCUCCGGACUGCCACCUGCACCUGCACCUCCGCUGGGCAGACAACCCCUACGUGUCAGGCACUGUGCACACCAAGGACACCGCCCCAGGCCUCAUCAUGGGCGCAGGUAACCUGGGCUCCCAGCUGGUGGAAUAUAAAGAGGAAAUGUACAUCACGUCAGACUGCGGGCACACCUGGCGGCAGGUGUUCGAGGAGGAGCACCACAUCCUCUACCUGGACCACGGCGGCGUGAUCGUGGCCAUCAAGGACACGCCCAUCCCCCUGAAGAUCCUCAAGUUCAGCGUGGACGAGGGCCUCACCUGGAGCACGCACAACUUCACCAGCACCUCCGUGUUUGUGGAUGGGCUGCUGAGUGAGCCGGGGGACGAGACGCUGGUCAUGACCGUCUUCGGCCACAUCAGCUUCCGCUCGGACUGGGAGCUGGUCAAGGUGGACUUCCGGCCCUCGUUCUCCAGGCAGUGCAGCGAUCAGGACUACAGCUCCUGGGACCUCACCAACCUGCAGGGUGACCGCUGCGUGAUGGGCCAGCAGAGGAGUUUCCGGAGGAGGAAGCCCACGUCUUGGUGCAUCAAGGGGCGGAGCUUCACGGCGGCGCUCGCGGCCCGCGUGUGCCAGUGCCGCGCCUCGGACUUCCUGUGUGACUAUGGAUUUGAGCGUGCCCCCUCCUCGGGGUCCGACGCCAGCACGUGCUUUGCCAACUUCUGGUUCAACCCCUUGUCCCCGCCUGACGACUGUGUCCUGGGCCAGACCUACACCAGCAGUCUCGGGUACCAAAAGGUGGUGUCCAGCGUGUGUGAGGGCGGCGUGGACCCGCGGCAGAGCCCCGCGCAGCUGCAGUGUCCCCUCCUGCCGCCCCGGGGCCUGCAGGUCAGCAUCCGCGGCGAGGCGGUGGCCGUGCGACCGGGAGAGGAUGUCCUGUUUGUGGUGCGACAGGAGCAGGGCGAUGUCCUGACCACCAAGUACCAGGUGGACCUGGGGGACGGCUUCAAGGCCAUGUACAUGAACCUCACGUUGACCGGGGAGCCCAUCCGGCACCGCUACGAGAGCCCCGGUAUCUACCGCGUGUCUGUCAGGGCUGAGAACAUGGCGGGGCACGAUGAGGCGGUGCUGUUUGUCCAGGUCAACUCCCCCCUGCAGGCCCUCUACCUCGAGGUGGUUCCUGUCAUUGGCGUCAACCAGGAGGUGAACCUCACAGCUGUGCUGCAGCCCCUGAACCCCAACCUCACUGUCUUCUACUGGUGGGUCGGUCACAGCCUGCAGCCCCGGCUCUCCCUGGAGAACUCUGUGACGACGCAGUUUGGGGACCCUGGGAACGUGCGGGUGACAGUGCAGGCUGCCUGCGGGACCUCGGUGCUGCAGGACUCCAGGGUGGUCCGCGUGCUGGAUCAAUUUCAGCUCGUGCCUCUGCAGUUUUCCAAGGACCUGGACGCUCACAACCCCAACACCCCCGACUGGAGGGAGGACAUUGGCCUCGUGGUGUCCCGGCUCCUUUCCAAGGAGACCAGCAUCCCCGAGGAGCUGCUGGUGACCGUUGUAAAGCCAGGGCUGCCCACCUUGGCCGACCUGCACGUGCUCCUGCCGCCUCCCAGGCCCACGAGGAAGAGGAGCCUCACGAAUGACAAGAGGCUCAUGGCCAUCCGGCAGGUGCUGAGCGCACAGAAGAUCAGCUUCCUCCUGCGAGGCGGGGUCCGGGUCCUGGUGGCCAUGAGGGACGAGGACACAGAUUCUCCGAGGCUGGGAGGCGGCAGCGGCUACUGGGCCGUGGCGGUUCUCUUCGUCAUCGGGCUCUUCGCCGUGGGCGCCUUCAUCCUCUACAAGUUCAAAAGGAAACGCCCGGGCAGGACGGUGUACGCGCAGAUGCACAACGAGAAGGAGCAGGAGAUGACGAGCCCCGUGAGCCACAGCCAGGGCGUGCAGAGCGCCAUCCAGGGCGAGGAGUUUAUAGAUGUGCCCCCUGCCAGGGGGGGACAAAGCCCCUCCUACAUCCCCCUGCUGCCGAUGCCCGGGGUCGGCCCGCUGCAGGGACGCACUCCGGCGUGGUCCUGAGCAUCAACUCCCGCGAAAUGCACAGCUACCUGGCGAGCUGAGGCCUCCAGGCCGCGCCCAGGGCUCUCCUCUCCGUCACUUCGUCCCCCGCGGAGGGCACAGGACCACCCACGCCACCGGCACCAGGGCAGGGACCCGCCUCCCCCCAGAGACCUCGGGAAAGCCACCUCCUCCAGCCCUGCCUGCCGAGGCCACAGGUGCCCCUCUGUCCAGUUCCAGCCCACCUGGCCCACGGACGCCCAGAGGACCUGCCGGUUCCCGCCUCUCUGGACACCAGGCCCGCGGCACCACCCGCUGUAUCUGUCCCCUGACGCCCAGCACUUCUCUGCCGCCGGACCCAGCGUGGCUGCCCGCACCUCGUCACCCCAGCUGAGGCCUGACUUCUCGAGGCCGAGGCCGGUGCCCUCUGGAUCAUGGGAGGCGAGCCUGCCGGGCUGCCCGCUCUCAGACCUGCCAGGUCACCUGCACCGCGGGCCUGCCCUGCAGAGGGACCCGAGCCCUGCUUUCCUCCUCACGACCUCCAGGAAGGCAGCUCCUGCCCCCUCGGCCGUCCCUCUGCGGAGGCAUCCACCCCCUCCAGAAUCUGGAAAGCCUAUUGAGGCCCUCCCGACGCCGCCCUCCAUGGCUCCCACUGUCCUUCUUUUUAAUCUGCGGUUAAUGUAAAUACCUCUCUAGGUAGCUGUUUGCGUUUGGGGGGUGGGCUUGUUCAACUUCCUAUUUCCACUGCCAGGCAGCAGCCCCUUUCUUGGGAACCCCUUUCCAGAAUGCCCAGGGCUGCCCCCUGAUUUUCCUGGCAGCCCUCUCUCCCUGGGGCCACAAGGCAAAGCUCUCCUUGGCUUUCCCAGACUGGGGCGCCCACCGGGUCCAGGGUAUUCAGUGCCUGCCCUUCCACAGGCAGCCAGCAGGCGGCGCCCUCACAAGGCGUCCCCGGAGGGACCUGCACAGAAGCCCAGGAACCAGAGAGGUUUAGGACCAUAGAGCCGGCAGGGCCGCCAAGCAGUGUGGCCCUUCUCUGAAGAUGGAGAGGCUGAGGCUCAGAGAGGGAGUGGCUUUCCCAAGGUCACACAGCAAGAUGGCAGCAGAGAUGCCCCAGGAGCCGCCCCUGCUGCCUGUGCGGCCUGAAUUCACUCACUCAGAGACGCCUAGAAUCAGGGAUGUUAGGACUAUACGGGGGCGGAUUUUCACCUUUGGCCUUGAAACGAAAUCAGUCUCCCCCUCCUUCCCCCCGGCUGGGCGCGCGGUGGGGACCCCAGAUCCUGGGCUGGGGACUCACUGGCCGUAGUGCUUCCAGAAUGAAGCCGGGGGGAGGGGGCUGAUGACCCACUCGAUGAAGGAAAUGUGGCCUGGGGGAGGGAGCCCCACAGGUAAACAAACCAUCAAGCCCGGAAGGGCUACCCUGCGCGGGAGACCCUCAGUCUUGGGGGGGUGUCCCUGGAGUCCAGCCCAUUGGGUCACAAAUGGGGACUCAGACCAACUCCGAGACCUGCUUGCAAGGGGUCACUGCAGGUCACAAGGGCAGGUGGGGAGAGGGGUCCCUCUCGCCACCCUGUGUGCCCACUGGCUGGACCCCUGCCCCCACCGCGUGGGGUCCUCAAGACCCUCCCAGGGGAAGGGCGGGGUGGGGGACCCGGGGCUGGAGCUGGCAGGGCGGGAUUUGUGUGGGAAGAGGGUUCUCCUGACUUUGCUCCCCCCACCCACCUGCAGUCUCCAAAGACCCCUUAGGGAGCCCUGUGUCCUGCCAGCGCCCCACCCAGCCCGUCCUGAGAGCCUCACACUCAGGUCAGCACCGGUCGGCACCGCCCAGGUCCAAGGUGUUCCCUGGACACGGCCCCUCGGCUCACCGGUGCCUGUGCGGGGCGACCCCUUUGACCCCUGGACCCUCAGUUUCGUCCUCUCGCUGUUUGGGUAGAGUUCGCCCCUCAGCUAUUUGUGUUUUUCUCAUAUUUUAUGUUACUAUUUCUGUCAAGAGCACUUGGGGUGUUGGACCCAAGAACCUGAGAAUGAGUUGGCAUCAAUACCUGUGAGCUUCUCCGUCCCGUAACCGCGUAGCUGGCACGUAGGUCUGCGGAUUCAUCUGGUUCAACGCUGGAGGGUCUUCCCAUCUGGGGGGCAGGGCCUGCUGUGGGAGCUAACGUUUCAUGCAGCGGGUCGAGCCCACCCUUUGUAUAUGCACAUAACAGAGAUGCGAUCAAGUCUUUCUUAUUUUUCCUUUUUAAAAAUCAAUAAAUCGUUUGUGAUGCUUUUAACAAAGAUUAAACGGAAAUGAUCA